AUGAUGAAUUACUUGAAAAUUUCAGACACAGACAACCAACGCGUCAUUAUCCACGUGAAAGACGUCAACGACGAACCACCUUAUUUUAUCAAUCGACCGCUGCCAAUGCAAACUGUGGUGCAACUCAACGCAGCGCCUAACACCCCCGUCUUCACCUUGCAAGCGAGAGACCCCGACACAGAUCAUAACAUCCAUUACUUCAUUGUAAGAGACCGGACUGGAGGAAGAUUCGAAGUCGACGAAAGGUCCGGAGUAGUUCGCACUAGGGGUACAGACCCCUUUCAACUUGAUAUGGAAUAUGUGCUCUACGUCAAAGCUGAAGACCAGAGUGGCCGGGUCGACGAAAGGCGUUUUCAGUCAACACCUGAAGAAAGACUAAGCAUCGUUGGCGGAAAGCGCGCCCCACAAUUCUAUCUGCCCAGCUAUGAAGCUGAAAUCGCUGAAAAUCAGAAAAAAGAUUCUGACAUAAUAUCAGUAAAAGCAAAGUCCUUCGCUGACCGUGAAAUCCGCUACACAUUGAAGGCUCAAGGUCAAGGAGCAGGGACAUUCAACAUUGGACCAACAUCUGGUAUCGUGAAGCUUGCGAAGGAACUUGACUUCGAAGACUUACGCCAACCACAUGUCUAUUCGUUAGUCGUCACGGCCACUGAAGACUCGGGAGGAUUUUCUACAUCAGUGGAGUUAACAAUUCGUGUUACGGACGUGAAUGACAACGCGCCUAAAUUCGAGCUUCCAGACUACCAAGCGCAUAAUGUUGAUGAAGAUAUCCCUCUUGGGACCAGCAUACUGAAAGUUAAGGCCAUGGAUGCAGAUUCAGGAAAAAAUGCUGAGAUCGAGUAUUUGGUUUCAGAUGAUCACUUCAGCGUCGACUCCAACGGGAUUAUAACUAACAACAAGCAGCUAGACGCCGACAACAACAACGCUUAUUACGAAUUUGUUGUUACUGCAAAAGACAAAGGAGAACCUGCCAAAACCGGAACAGCAACAGUAAGAGUAUAUACGAAGAACAAAAACGACGAGGAACCAAAGUUUUCCCAGCAAGUAUACACGCCGAACGUUGACGAAAACGCUGGUCCAAAUACCUUGGUAACAACUGUAGUUGCGUCCGAUAAAGAUGGCGAUAACGUUCGGUUCGGAUUUGUUGGCGGCGGCACCAGCUCUGGUCAAUUCGUCAUUGAAGAAAUAACAGGAGUAAUUCGAUUGCAUAAUAAAGCCAUUUCAUUGGAUCGUGAUAAAUAUGAAUUAAAUGUAACCGCUAUGGACGAUGGCGCCUGUUGUGUGAAUGGAGAUGCAACUAUACAUACAUCAACUGCAGUUGUUGUCGUAUUUAUCACUGAUGUCAAUGACAACAAACCGAUAUUCAAAGACUGCCCCACGUACUUUCCGAAAGUAGAAGAGGGAGCUCCGAAUGGCAGUCCCGUUAUAAAAGUGCACGCAACUGAUGAAGAUAAAGGAGUAAACGGUCAAGUGAAGUAUUCUAUAGUUCAGCAGCCCAAUCAGAAAGGCACAAAAUUCACUGUUGAUGAAGAAACUGGAGAGGUGUCUACUAACAAAGUAUUCGACAGAGAAGGCGAUGACGGGAAGUUCGUGUCUGUAACAGUAAAAGCUACUGAUCAAGGUGACCCAUCCUUGGAGGGUGUCUGUUCAUUCACUGUUGAGAUAACUGACGUGAACGAUAACCCACCGUUGUUUGACCGACAAAAAUACGUGGAGAACGUAAAACAAGAUGCCAGUAUAGGCACUAAUAUUUUAAGAGUUUCGGCAUCUGACGAAGAUGCUGAUAACAAUGGAGCUAUCGUGUAUACUUUAAGCGCUCCGUAUAACCCAGCUGAUAUAGAGUACUUUGAAAUCCAACCUGAAUCAGGGUGGAUAGUGCUUAAGAAACCUUUAGACCGGGACAGGUACCGACUGCGCGUGCGCGCCUCCGACAGAGGUGACCCGCCCUCCUCCGCAGACGUGGACGUUGAAUUAGACGUGGUAGACAGGAACAAUAAACCUCCCAUCUGGGACAUGUCCACGUAUGGCCCCGUUCACAUCAAAGAGAAUGUCACAGUGGGUACCGUAGUGACCAGUGUGAAAGCCAGCUCUGGAAUUGAAAAUAACCCGACCGUUUUUUACCGGUUGAUGCCCGGAUCCACGGCUCAAACGAAUAAAUUCCAUACUUUCUAUUUGCAACAACGCGCCGAUAAUGGAUUUACUUGGGCCGAUAUUAAAGUGAACCAUCCCUUGGACUACGAAAGCAUUAAGGAAUACAAUUUGACAAUACGAGUCGAGAACAACGGAGCCCAGCAAUUGGCGUCAGAAGCAACUGUAUACAUCAUGCUAGAAGACGUAAACGACGAGAUUCCUCUAUUCACGGAACGUGAGCAGGAGACGGUGCUGGAAGGCGAGCCUAUCGGAACCAAGGUCACGCAAGUCAACGCGAUUGAUAAGGAUGGGACCUUUCCCAAUAAUCAGGUGUACUACUACAUCGUCGAUUCACCACGUAAUGAGGGCAAAGACUUCUUCGAGAUCAGCAUGCAGACGGGCGAGAUUUUCACGAAGGUGGUGUUCGACAGGGAGAAGCAAGGAGCCUACGCCUUGGAAGUUGAAGCUCGUGAUGGUGCACCCUCGGCGCGUCCGAAUUCUGACAACCAACCGAAUUCAGGUGCGUGA